CCCCGCUCUCGCGCAGAACGUCCCGAGUUUCGGAAGUGAAUUCGAAUUCAAAACCGAGUUCACACACGCGUACACACAGAUACACGCACGCGCGUCUCCGGGGACAUUAGUAUUUGCUCCGCCGUGUCUCAUGUGUCGGAUAUGGAUCCGGUUCGUGGUCAGUGCUGUAGGUGUGCUGCUCUUCCCAGGUGUGUAUCACAUCUGGGCGAUCGAGGUGUUCACACCCAAAGAGCUAACGGCGGUUAACGGGACGGAAGUGCGGCUCAAGUGCACCUUCACAUCCAGCGAAGCGGUCUCAGAGAAAACCCUCUCCAUCUCCUGGAGCUUCAAACCGCUCGGCCCUGGUCGGGAGGAACAGUUUUUCUACUAUCAGGAAAAGCCUUAUCCGCCUACUCAAGGUCAGUUUGAAGGUCGUGCGGCAUGGUCUGGGAACAUCCUGAAGAACGACGCCUCCAUCACGCUGAACGACGUGCAGUUCAACUUUAACGGGACCUACACCUGCCUGGUGCGCAAUCCCCCCGACGUGCACGGCUUCACCGGCGAGAUCCGCCUCGAGGUGGUUCAGUCAGUGAAGCUCUCCGAGAUGGAGAUCCUGGCGGCGGCGGUGGGCGGAGGCAUCGCGCUGGUCCUCAUCAUCCUCACCAUCGUCCUCUCCGUGCGCUACUUCCGAGGUCGCCAAGGAGACGCAGGCAUAGAGCUGCAAGACGCGAAGCGGGCGAGCGUAUGCGCUCAAGCGGAGUUCAUGCCAAUAAACAUGGUGGAGAAAGUUCCAGAAAAAGAGAUACUCCAAGACGAUCUAGAAAAGACCAAACUACACGAAGAGGACGCGGGUAAAGAAUUCGACGCUAGCUUAAAACCAGGCAGAGACGACUAAGGUCACUAACGAAUGCUUGUUUCCGUAUGUAUCAUUUAACAAUCAUUGUUUUGUUUUGUUUUUGUUUUCUUUUAGCAGUCGAUGUAUAUUUUCAGUCUCAUACUAACGAUACUGCCUAAGAAUUUAUCAAACUGAACUAAACCCAGCCAGAACAUGACUACAAUGCGAUCGAGUAAACACAAACAGGAUGCUAGAUGCUAAUAUUGAAGGCUACUUUUUGAGGUUUAACGCAAGCUAGAAGGGACAACCGACAACAUGUUUGUUAAGAUGCAAACGCAAUGACUGAUACGGUUGAAAAAAACCUUGAAAACGGUACAAAAUGCAAAGACUUUAGCAGAGAAGCCUUCACUAAAAUAACCCAAAUCAUUUCUUUGGAAAGGCUGAAAAUUCAAAACCUUGCAAGUUUACACUAAUAUGAAACUUAUAAGAAAUGUUACUUAUAAGUUGAAUAUUAUACAACAUUUUAUUUUUUUUUGUUUUAUUGAAUCGCUAAAAACUGCCAACUAAUCAAAGAGCUUCUUUUUUUUAUAUAAACAUGUGUGUAUCAAAAACUUUAAAACACUAGGUGUUUCCACACGUUUCACAGCCACUUUGAUAUAAAUAAAAUUAAACCUAUUUAUAAAUAAAUUGUGAACGAGGUUCGUGUUUUACACCGACUGCAUUGUAUCCAUUUAGUUUGCCACAUUUUUUUUUAAUAUAUAAAUGUUUCAAAAAAUUAAUGAACUAAUUAUUUUGUAUUCAAAAAUUUAAAGUAAGAAAGCAUUGCUGUGUCUUUGCUGACUGUUAUUCAUUUUAGUGCUGUUUGUCUAUUUUUUAUGGAUAGUUUUAAAUAUUAUUUCACAUUUUAAAAAAUUGCUAAGCAUUUACUUUGUAAUGUUUUUUUUGUUUUUGUAAUUGUUACGCAUUUAGUUUGAACUGUAAUGUUGUUCUUUAGUUUGUAAUAUUUCUAUAUUGACUGUGUUUUAUAAAAGACUAUAUAUAUAUAUAAACAGAUGGUUUACAGAUGAUUUUAAGAUGAAUAAAUAUUUGUGUGAAAAUA